AUGAUCAUUCGAGAAAACUACAUUGGCAUGGACCCUAUCAAACUUAAAGGAAUUGCAGAAUGGCCUGAACCAAGCACGGUAAAAGGUGUUCGCUCUUUCCUAGGGUUUGGAAACUUCUAUCGGAAGUUUAUUGCCAACUUCUCGGAUAUUGCCAAACCAUUGACGAAUCUUACGCGCACUGCCGCUGGAUCUCCACCUUUUGAAUGGACGACAGAAUGUCAGACAGCUUUCGACACGUUAAAACAACAAUUCAGUACCGCCCCAGUACUGUUACUGCCUGACAAGGCAAAACCCUUUAUUGUUGAAUCCGACGCUUCCAAGUUUGCUACGGGUGCAGUUUUACGCCAAGCUGACAUCAAUGGAGACCUCCAUCCUUGUGCCUACAUUUCACAGACACUCAAUCCAGCUGAACGGAACUACGAAAUCUACGACCGCGAACUCCUCGGAAUCAUUCGAGCCCUCGCUGAAUGGCGCCAUUAUCUUGAAGGCUCUCCCCAUCCCGUCGAAGUUCGCAGUGAUCACAAGAACCUCACGUACUUCCGUACAGCUCAGAAGUUAAACCGCCGACAAGCACGAUGGAGUCUCAAAUUAUCACAAUUUGAUCUUCACCUCAUUCAUGUCCCCGGCACUCAGAUGAUCCAAUCUGAUGCACUAUCUCGUCGUAACGGACUCGAUGACAGUGAAAGUGACAAUGAAGAUCGCGUUCUUUUACCCAAUGCACUGUUUGUGCGGUCCAUUUCCCCGACAUUAUUUGAUGAAAUCAGGAAUCACGCAGCAAAAGACCUCAUUGUUCACGAAGCCCUCGAAGCGAUUGCGCACAAAGGGCCAUUCCCCAUGAAAUCAUCGCUUUCUGACUGGGAAGUUCGCGAUGGUGUCAUCCUCUACAAGGGAAAGAUCUACGUUCCACCAUCCGAAACUCUUCGUCGUGACCUCGUUCGACUACAUCACGACUCCCCUGCCAUGGGUCACCCUGGAAAGUUCAACACUCUUGAACUGUUACGUCGUGAAUUCUGGUGGCCCGGCAUGUAUACAUUUGUCUACAAUUAUGUUGAAGGCUGUGCCGCCUGUCAACAAAUGAAACCGAACACUCAUCCAACGCGUAUUCCUUUGGAACCAAUUCCCGCCGACCCACACGCAUUACCAUUUUCCUGUUGCACCACCGAUUUUAUUACCGACCUUCCCAUUUCCAAUGGUUUUGAUUCAAUUAUGGUCGUAGUAGACCAUGACCUUACGAAGGGGGUGAUUCUUACGCCCUGCCUCAAAACGAUCACAGCCGAAGGAACAGCCAAGAUUUUUCAUGACAAAGUAUACUCGCGAUUUGGAUUACCCGACCGAAUCAUCUCGGAUAGAGGACCUCAAUACGCAUCCAAGGUCUUCCAAGAGUUAAAUCAACUACUCCAGAUCAGAUCAUCAAUGAGCACAGCUUAUCACCCUCAGACGGACGGAGAAACAGAGCGAGUCAACCAGGAGCUGGAAAUCUAUCUUCGACUCUAUUGCGGAAACAACCCUGAAACAUGGGCCGACCGCCUGCCAGACCUCGAGUUUUGUCAUAACACAAGGGAACACUCAGCACGGAAGAUGAGCCCAUUCCGCAUCAUGAUGGGAUACGAACCACGUGGACUCCCUUCCGUAUUUCCGUCCACGAACAUUCCAUCGGUUGAAUCCAGGCUUGACAUGUUGCAGAAGAUAAGACUGGAAGCACUAGCCAUGCACGAGUUAGCCCGACAACAGAUGGCGGACUGA